AUGGACAAUCUUGCAGAGGGAAGAGACAGACUGUGGCAAGAAACACGCACCAACACUGACCCUGCCGUCAGCCGUCUUGGGAAGGGCUGGCCUAAGGGGCUUCCGAUCCAGUACCUUGUGCCUAACACAAGAUGGGCGCACUGCGCGUUACAGCAUAAAAGUGCAGCACCUUAUCUCCGGAGUAGACUGGAAGAUAUUUUGAAAGCCCCAUUCCAUGAUACAUUGACACCUAAACCAGAUGUCAGAUCCAGGAACGAGUGGGCCGACAGUUUGCGCUUCGCUAUUGAAUCAUACGUUGGAAUUGGAGAAGAGAAAAGCGAAGAGAAUCUCUUAAACCUCUUUCAAUACUACAACUCCGAACCAGCGAACUAUGCAUCUGAAAGCCAGCAGCAUCUUGAGCAGCUACAGGUGUUUCGACAAUGGCUUCGCAGUUUGGCUGAAACACUAAAGGUGCCUAAGGCGGCAGCGGUCCUUGACCGGGAUCAAGAUACUCGGACACCAACUACUGCCUUUCUUGACCGGGCUGCGAGAUCCCAUGACUUCUUUGUGUGGGACCCGAGGUGUGAAUACUCUGAGGGAGAGGCGGACGAAGAGCUAACGAAUAUCCCUGUCACCUUGCUGUAUUGUCGUAUGCAUGGGGAAAUACCCGAGUCUCAGACCGUCGUACUGUCACAGGAGGAAGCUAUCGGUGAUCCACAGUCUAUUUGGACACUAGAUCGGGGGUCUACGGUCAAGCCUGGCAAACCGUUUCUUGAAUGCCAAGAGGCUGUGAUUUUAUCCUCUAUUCUCUUCUUACAUAGCAACGAGGACCGACGGCGACUCGUCUCUAGCCCUUUCCCCAACGAGGGGUUUAUAAGAUAUCCACCAGUCUCAUUGGAUGAUCGCUUUGUGACGUACGCAAGCGAUUGUAGCAUCGCUGCUUGGGAAAGAGCUACACAAGCUCUUAGAAAACUCAUCAAGGCAGUCCCAGCUAGAUUACUACGAGAUAUGGCAAUGUCUCUACUGGAUGAUGCCGCAGACAUUUCUCCGAAGUCAGACGACCAUGACAUUACUUUGCUCAAUGUGACUGAUGCCAUUGUUCUCUUCGGGCUUUCAGAUCGACCGGAACUAGCUGCUGAUGUUGUAAAUCGAGUCAUACAACAUCUCCCCGACGCAUCAUCGUAUCACAGACACAUGAGAUUGAUAGGCCCUGGUAAGAGACUUCAACCAGGCCGGACCAAAGACUUUAUUGGACAAUUUGCGAAAUUUUUCAUGCAAAGGCUCGAACAGAAUCAAAGACAGGACAAUCAGAGUGCUUCAGACCAGAACGAAAUUGCAUGUUAG